CACCGCCUUUGCCUCGAGGCCCCGCCCUUUUUACGCUGGUAGCUGCAAAAUACCGGAGACCGGAUCGCAGCUUCGCAGGCGGCUGAACGGCGCAGUGCGCAGGCGCGAGCGGUCGGCCCUGGUGCGCGCGGCGCUGGGUUGAAGCGGGAGUUCGUUCCUGACAGAGGAGACCCGGCAGCGGCCGACCAGGCGGCUGAACGUCUUCCCUGACUGCCAUGGCAGCCCUUCGCUACGCGGGCCUGGACGACACGGACAGUGAGGACGAGCUGCCCCCGGGCUGGGAGGAGAGAACCACCAAGGACGGCUGGGUUUACUAUGCCAAUCACGCUGAGGAGAAGACUCAAUGGGAACAUCCGAAAACAGGAAAAAGAAAACGAGUGGCAGGAGAUUUGCCAUACGGAUGGGAACAAGAAACCGAUGAGAACGGACAAGUGUUUUUUGUUGACCAUAUAAAUAAAAGAACGACCUACCUGGAUCCAAGACUGGCCUUCACCGUGGAUGACAAUCCGACCAAGCCGCCUACCCGGCAGAGAUACGAUGGCAGCACCACAGCCAUGGAGAUCCUCCAGGGCCGGGAUUUCACCGGCAAGGUGGUCGUGGUCACUGGUGCCAACUCGGGAAUAGGGUUUGAAACUGCCAAGUCUUUUGCCCUCCACGGUGCCCACGUGAUCCUGGCCUGCAGGAAUAUGGCGAGGGCCAGUGAAGCCAUGUCUCGCAUUUUAGAAGAAUGGCAUAAAGCCAAGGUAGAAGCGAUGACCCUGGACCUCGCUCUGCUCCGUAGUGUGCAGCAUUUUGCUGAAGCGUUCAAGGCCAAGAAUGUGUCGCUUCACGUGCUUGUGUGCAACGCGGCGGUUUUUGCUCUGCCCUGGAGCCUGACGAAAGAUGGCCUGGAGACCACCUUCCAGGUGAACCAUCUAGGCCACUUCUACCUGGUCCAGCUCCUCCAGGAUGUUCUGUGCCGCUCAGCCCCGGCCCGUGUUGUUGUGGUCUCCUCUGAGUCCCAUAGAUUUACAGAUAUUAAUGACUCCUCCGGGAAACUGGACUUCAGUCACCUUUCUCCAUCCAGAAAUGACUACUGGGCCCUGCUGGCUUACAACAGGUCCAAACUCUGCAACAUCCUCUUUUCCAACGAGCUGCACCGCCGCCUGUCCCCACGUGGGGUCACAUCCAAUGCUGUGCACCCUGGGAAUCUGAUGUACUCCUCCCUUCAUCGCAACUGGUGGGUGUACACGCUGCUGUUUACCUUGGUCAGACCGUUCACCAAGUCCAUGUGAUCAGGCCAAGCCAUGACUGUGAUGGCGUGCUGCAUCCUGUGAGUCCCCUAGCAAAUCACCUGAUCUGGGGGCAAUCUUCAGACACCAGAUACAAUUGUAUUCCUCGGUUCUAGUUGGGACUAGACCUCAAGAAAAC